GCACGGAAGGCGACAAGGGCUGGGCUGACAAGGACGGGAUGAGGGCUACUCAGAAAGCGUCACCUCGGGGAGGAAGCAUGACUGGGGGGUCAUGGGCUGGAUUGUGCAAGAGCUCGGGAGAAGCAGGAUCGGCCACAGUCGAUCGUAUGAUCAGAGAGAACAGUCACAUUUUCACAGACGCCCAGUGUAAAGUGUGUAGUGCUCUGCUCAUCUCAGAGUCCCAGAAGCUUGCUCAUUACCAGAGCAAGAAACACGCAAACAAAGUGAGGCGAUAUUUGUCUAUCCAUGGUGAGGAGGAGCUUGCACAUGGAAAGAAAAUGAAGCUGGAUACAAAGCAGGAGAGCAAGCAGGAGAGCAGCAAUGGGGAAGACAGGAACAAGUGUUGUCCCAUCUGUAAUAUGACCUUCUCUUCUCCGGCUGUGGCAACCUCUCACUACUUAGGCAAGACUCAUGCCAAGAACAUGAAGCAGCAGUCCCCCAAAGUGGAAGAAGUGGUGCCCCCCCAGAAACAUCCUGCCACCCUCCCUGCCUCUACCGUGUCCUCUAAUGAAGAGAACAAGGACGUUACUGACCCAGACAAGUUCUGUAGCCUCUGCCAUGCUACUUUCAACAACCCCCUCAUGGCAAAACAGCAUUAUGUAGGCAAGAAGCACAGAAAGCAAGAGACCAAACACAAGCUGAUGGCACACUACGGCCGAACCCCCGAUGCACCAGCGUCGUCCUUCAUGGCUGGGAAGGGGUACCCCUGCAACACAUGUAACAUAGUACUGAACUCCAUAGAGCAGUACCAAGCUCACAUCAGUGGCUUCAAACACAAGAAUCAGAUGCCAGGAGCAGUGUCGAUUGUAGGACCGUUUCCACCACAGCAGUAUGUUCGAGAAGAGUCAACUGCCCCAGGAGGCUACAGUUAUUUCAGCCAAGACUUCUAGAGCAAGUUGCAGCGCUGUUCUUGGAGUUGUUGGUGGCCCAAGAACACACAUCCUUUGCCAGCCCACAAUGGUUUCAUUAUCCCUGUGGAUAAGCAAAGCCCUGCCCUCCUGUAUGCACCCGUUGAGCAGAACGGGGCUGAAUCUGUCAGAAAAAGGAUCCAGCUGGAAAAGACUUGCUAGACAGCAAAUACUUCACUCCCUUAGAGUAGUUUUCAUUGUGUAAUUGCUUCCUGUAAAGGCGGGUGCGGUGUGAGAGGAAGUGUGUAUCUGGAAUAAGGAGGGUUUGGCAACAGGCUGGUGAAGGCUACCUCCUCCCUCACCAGAGCAAAUGGAUUCUUGCACCUGGAAGGCCAGCAUCCCAUGCUGGAAGGUGUCUGUUGCUGGAGGAGAGCUCCUAGACCCUAGCAAGCAGUGCUUAUGCAAUGUGGAUGGGACACUGUGCAGGCUGCCUGGCUUUUUACAGACCUAAAAUAGGAAAUAGCGGAAUGGCAUCUCUUUUUGUGCCUCCUCUGGUCAGGUUUGUGUGCAGAAUUUUUUGAGCCACUGCUUGCUGUUACAGCCUCUUGUAGUGUUGCAGCUGUCGGUUCUGGAGCUCUGUUGUCUAGGUCUAACAAGUAGUUACAAUUUCUGUUGUACAAGCUGCUGCUAGUAGGAGUGGAGGGCUGAAAGAGGAGUUAGAGCUCCUGGCUCUCCAGACAGCUCAGCCCUCUGCUCUGAGGAUUUCCAUGUGGAAGGAAGUAACUGUUUAGCCUGGUUUCCUAUGGAAACAGGUGUAUGUGAUCAUUCACCAUGUGUGUCUUUGUAUCCCCUGUAACUUAAAUCAACCCCAGCCUAACUUGGCAGUGAUGGAGAUCUCUAAGAUCUAAAUGCAAUCAGCAAAGAAAGCUAAGAGUGAGAUAAACUUAUCGCUAACUUUAAUUCUGUCAGGAUCUGCAUUGAAGUGCAGCAUUUUCCCUUUUGCCACCGAAGUACUCUGGGGAAGGAGAGCUUUAAGGAAAAAAGGAGAGAAUAAAUCUGGAUCCAGCGGAAAACUGUGGUAUAACACGGUUGAGUUGUCAGCUGACCAAAAAACACUACAAACUCUCUGGAAACUUGCCUUCAUUAGACCUUUGCCUAGACGCCACUUGCCCAGCCCUUCUCCAUGAAGUUCUUACAGAUUUGUGUCGCCCUGGAAAAAAGAUGUUCUAUAUUUCAAACAUGGAAAUUGAAACUUAA